GCUCGAUCCCUCUCUCGCCACCUGGCGUUGCUACUGUCAUGUUCUUUCGUCUUACAGCGUUGCGUAGGAAUAUAAUGUUGCUUGCAUGCGUUCUAUAAAAUAUAUUCCAUGAACACGGGUUGUACCCGCGUAGGCUACCCUGCGCCCAAGCCUUUUGGGAGGGGAGAAUGAAGUUCGCUCCUGUGUAGGGUGUUGCUUUUACUACUACUCCCCCAUCUCGCGUUCGUUUUCCUAGUGUGUCAGCCUAUAUAUCAGGGUGGAUCAAUGCUGGAUUCUUUCCUUCAUACAAACUCCUAUCCGUUCUUUCGGCCCGCUACACCCGCUUGCCUCGUACCCGGGGGCGCAUCUAUCAGCAUAGAUAGACCUGCGCUGGCUCCGAGCUGGCCUUGAGGUAGAUAUGCUGUAGUGUGGAAUACUCCCUUUGGACGGUCGGGUAGGAAAUGCCGGUGGUGUAAAAAAAAAAAGAAGUCAAAUUCAUAUUUUCACUCGUCGCACUGUUCUCGGCGGCUGCCAAGCUCGGGGCUUAGCGGCCUGUACACACAAAAUGUCGACCAGAACGCCAUUACCCACAGUGAAUGAGCGUGAUACAGAGAAUCACACUUCUGUGGAGGGCUACCAGGAGCCCCCGGCCCCGCCGGCCAAGUCGGGAAGUCGGCACAGCCUGCCGAGAUGUCGGAACUCUGUGGCGUCCACGACGGAGGAGCAGCCACACAUCGGGAACUACCGGCUGCUCAAGACCAUUGGCAAGGGGAACUUCGCCAAAGUCAAGCUGGCCCGGCAUAUACUGACAGGACGAGAGGUUGCCGUGAAGAUAAUAGACAAAACGCAGUUGAACCCCACUAGUCUACAGAAGUUUCGCAUCUUGCAUUCUAAGCAGCUCUUUCGUGAAGUCAGGAUCAUGAAGAUCUUGAAUCACCCCAAUAUAGUUAAAUUGUUUGAAGUCAUUGAGACUGAGAAGACACUUUAUUUGAUAAUGGAGUACGCCAGUGGUGGUGAGGUAUUUGACUACUUAGUUGCACAUGGAAGGAUGAAGGAAAAGGAGGCUCGGGCCAAGUUUCGCCAGAUUGUCUCUGCAGUGCAGUAUUGCCAUCAGAAGAGGAUCGUCCACAGGGAUCUGAAGGCUGAGAACCUACUCCUGGACGCAGACAUGAACAUCAAGAUUGCAGACUUCGGCUUUAGCAACGAGUUUACCCUAGGCAGUAAGCUGGACACGUUCUGCGGCUCCCCGCCCUACGCUGCCCCAGAGCUGUUCCAGGGGAAGAAGUAUGACGGGCCCGAGGUGGACGUCUGGAGCCUGGGGGUCAUACUGUACACACUUGUCAGCGGCUCACUGCCCUUUGAUGGACAGAAUCUAAAGGAGCUGAGAGAGCGAGUGCUGCGAGGGAAGUAUCGUAUUCCGUUCUACAUGUCUACAGACUGUGAAAACCUGCUGAAGAAACUGUUGGUGCUCAACCCUGGCAAACGGAGCAGCCUGGAGCAAAUCAUGAGAGACCGCUGGAUGAACGUGGGCCAUGAGGAGGAGGAGCUGAAGCCCCAUCAGGAACCGGAACCCGACUGGAACGACACCAAACGGAUAGAACUGAUGAUAACCAUGGGCUUCCCCAAAGAGGACAUCACUGAUGCGUUAACAGGACAGAAGUACGACGAGACCAUGGCCACUUACCUCCUUUUGGGCAGGAAACCAGCCGAGUUUGAGGGGAGCGAGUCGCUGUCCAAUAGCAACCUGUGUCAAAGGUCACGGCCCAGCAGCGAGGCCAACAACAGUUCCAGCCAAUCGCCUGCCCACUCCAAGGUCACACGCAGCAUAUCGGCCAACCAGAAGCAGCGGCGCUUCAGCGACCAUGUGGCGCCCUCUAUCCCCCCGUCUAUGUCCUACACCAAGCGGGCGCAGGCCAACAGCGUGGAGAGCGACAAGGGCGAUGCCGCCCACAAACUUGGCACGGCCGGUUCCAAGGCUGACGUGCCCACCUCGCCGCUGGUGGCACAGGAGAGGAAGAAGUCAUCCACUGCCUCAGGGAACAGCAACGCUAUGACCAGGAGGAACACGUACGUGUGUGAGCGGUCGAGCACAGAUCACUACACGGCCAUUCCCAAUGGCAAGGACAGCAGUCUGACUGAGAUGUCAGGCUCGGCCAGUGGCUCCUCGCCCUCGUCAGGGGCAGCCUCAGCUGUCACUUCCACCCGUCCGCGUCAUGUCAAGUCCAUGUCGGCGUCGGGCCACCCCAUCAAGUCCCCACUGCCUCCCAUAGACGACAACGCGGAGUACAAGGGCCCUCCCACGGCCUCACCGUCGGCGCACAGCAUCAGCAGCAGCACGGCCGCCACGCCGCCUGACCGCACGCGCUUCCCCCGCGGCUCCUCCAGCCGCUCCACCUUCCACGGAGCCCAACUUCGCGACCGCCGCUCGGCCACCUACAACGGUCCGCCCGCCUCGCCCACACUCUCCCACGAUACGGGGGCUCUGUCCCAGGCGCGCAGGGGCACCUCCACGGGCAUCAUUGGCAAGAUCACCUCCAAGUUUGUCCGCAGGGCCACGGUUGAAGGAGAGGCCAGUGGCAGUACAGACCCCCCAAGGAGCGCGUCAGGGGAACCCAAGGAGGACGGUUCCCGGGACUCCAAACCCCGUUCACUGCGCUUCACAUGGAGCAUGAAGACUACCUCAUCCAUGGAGCCCGGCGACAUGAUGCGCGAGAUCCGGAAGGUCCUGGAUGCCAACAACUGCGACUACGAGCAGCGCGAGCGCUUCAUGCUCUUCUGCGUGCACGGCGACGCCCGCCAGGACAGUCUGGUCCAAUGGGAGAUGGAGGUGUGCAAGCUGCCACGCCUCUCACUCAACGGCGUGCGCUUCAAGCGGAUCUCAGGCACGUCCAUCGCCUUCAAGAAUAUUGCGUCCAAAGUGGCCAAUGAGCUCAAGCUGUGAAAAGUGACUUUUGGGAAAACUAAACAAACUAAAGAGAAUUAACAUACAACACUGAAAACGGAGGGGGCAGAGGACAUAAUCCUGGUGUUCCUUGAGUUUGCGGGCGCCCCACGUGUCGGGCCCAAGAGAGUCAGCCGCAAUAUUGAGUUUACCGCUAUUCGAGGCUACUGCCAUAUUGCUUGGUGAAUCGACACAAAAUACACUCCCAUUUUCCCCCCCCCAAGGCAAACCCCUGUAUUACAAAAUCGUUGAUUAUAACGAGAGGUGAGAACUGACCAUUAUUGCAAUAAUAUGAAAACAUUUAUAUCAAUGGCCCGCAAAAUUUCAAUUCCAUUGCUAAACUACCAUUAGAGGGUUGAAAUAAGAGACUGCAAAGCUACUUUUUCCACAUGUACAGUAUAAAAUAAAAUAGAGUAUGUUUUGUUGUAUUGUUCAUAGAGUUGUAUAAAACAAGGACUCUUCAGCAUAAUGUCUGCAGGUAUUGUAUAGUCUUGAGUUUCUGUACAGAAAGUGUUUAAAUGUGUCAUACUGUAUUUUUUUCUUUUCGUUUGGAGUUAUUUCCUUCUUGUUGACAUAUUUGUAGAUUGUUUGCCUCCACUGAAGUCUAAUGUUUAGAAGGAAAAAAAAACAACAUUUUUUAUUAUCACGGGGAAAAGGAAAAAAAACAAGCUUAUUUUUUACUUUUCAUGGAUAAUAAGUUCCUUUCCCAAUACAGGAGAGAUCGAGUGACGUGAUCUGUGUUGAAAAGCAAAACUCUACACAUCCCAAAGCCCUAAUCAAGUCAUUCCUCCUAAUGCACUAUUUUGGCCAUUCUCACAACCCUCUUUCAUGUAGCGUAGCUGAAUGAUGGCGUUAGCACUGCAGUUUAAAAUGUUCUGUUUAUUGCAUAGAAUUUAAAUAAGGGAUCUUAUGCUGGCUAAGUCAGAUGUGACGAACCAUGUCCUUAUCUUUGAGAACCCAAAUAUACGGUGUAGACUAGCAGGACCACAAAUUGUUCAGUUGCACUCAAUUUUAAGCCCGCUCUCAUAAAGUCUGCUUUAUGCAGUCUUAAACACGGUGUUGCAGUUGUCGCUGGCAUUGCGCUCGAUGAUUAAUCAAAUGCUCUUCAAACAAAUAUUGGGACAAAACUACCCAUUCAAAACACUAUUCGUGGUCUUUUAGUAGCAUAAAUGCACCGGCCACCAUUCUAGGUCAGGAAGUGACAUCAAUUAUUAUAACUGCCUCAAAUAUCUCAUGUUCUGCUUGAGAAUGCCCAAAGCUUUAAGGGUUCACACAAAGUGAUGCCCAAGCAGUUUGACCUCACUAGUGACUAUAUCCCUCUGUUUCUCUUACUUCCUUCUAAACUGCAGUUAAUUGGUAGUUACUGUGCGACACCUGUCUGACUUGUUUUGUGAUCAAUUUUAUUUUCUUGCAAAAUAUAUUGUAUUUAUUCCACCACAUUAUGCCUUUUAAUGUGCUGCUUGGUAUUUCUGAGGCAUUCACCUGUACAAGAAAAAAAAUAGGAUAUAGCUAGUUUCGCACAUUUUUAUUUUGUUUUAGGUUUUUCCCCUUUGUAAUUAGUGAUUGCGAUGAGUACGUAAAAUAACCACUAGUGCUGGUACGUUUCUACUUGUUAUUUUGUAUGAAAAGUAAUGAGGGUCAAUUGUGCAAUGGUAUUCCAUGUUGUAUUACUGUAAAGAUGAGAGAUGGGCCUAUAGACCGCACCCUUUAACGCAACGCAGCGUAGAGAAUGGAAACAGAAUGCAGACAUUUUAUUUCCUAAUUUCAAAAGACACAAUAGAAAGGAAAAAGCAAAGGCGAGUGGUUAAAAAAUAAUAAUAUGAAAACAAGGUUAAAAGCUGUGAGUCCUUCUGGAAGCUGAGCGAGAAAUCUCCACCGCUGACUUUCUGUGGCAUUAUGGGAGCAGGGGGGGUUGGAGGGGGUACUGCACGUGGAAGAAAAAUGCAUAUUCCUAAUUGUUAACGGUACAACUUCCAGAGAGGAUGUCUAUUGUGUUGCCUUAGCAGAUCAAGUGUAGAGGAGAAGCAGAAAGUGUUAAAGAAAUGUAAAUGAUUAUGCCUCGCCCUUUUCAUCUCCAUUAACCCCUCCCCCCACCGAAAGCACUCCUACCACAACAUACAUGCGAGGAAAGCUUGAGUCAUCUAGAUUCAGUCUCACUCGUGCACAAUAUUAAAGCUUACUUGAAAGGAGUCUCAAGCAAA